GAUCCAUUUUAUGAAACUGCCUAACUUAGCUCACACCGUUUGUGAGCUUAAUCAGACACAUGCAUCUUGGACUUAUAUAAUACACAAUCACAUAGGAAGUACUUAAAAAUUCAACGGCAAAAAAAAUGUAUGAAGAAAAUAGGCUCCUGAAAGAUAAUUUUAUCUCGUUGAAAUCGACAGUUGACCAUCUGUCUAGACAACAGCAGUAUCUCAGUGCGCAUGUUGGAUUAUUAGAGCGGCGUGUGAUAUCUUUGGAGGAGGCUAAUGGUAGGAAUAUUGUGCGAGAUAAGGAUGGUGGCGAUAAUACUUCUGGGAGUUUUGAGUUGCCAUUACCGAGAAUUAUUCCUGAGCCUUGCGAGUCCACCUCGAAAACGCCACACCUGUGCGAUUAUUGCUAUAGAAUGAGUAAAAAUUGCUUUCAUUGCGCUCAAUGUGGUCAGGAGUGGUAUUGUAGUGAACAUUGCCAACGGCUUCGCAGUAUCGUGCACGAGCCGAUUUGUCGAGGUUUUUGUAAAACUACAUAUACGGAGAGAGUAUGAGGGGGGAGGGAAAGGAAAACCCAAGAGAGGGUUUACUUAUCCAAUUAGAACAACAAAUGGUUUAUUGUAUUGCAUUGAAUCAGUGAUUUUCUGUUAGAUUUAUCAAAACACGGGGACAAUGGUUUCU